UAAACACGGUUCUGGCUGAGACCCAAUUGUCUUCGCCACAACUCUCAAUCUCCAUCGUACAGUCAAUUACCUCAAGUACCAACGACGACACCCACGAUGUCCGAAAUCAACAGUUCAACUACUCAAGCCCAGGGUGGCGAUCCUCAUGGAACUGAGACCGGUUCAAACGACAAGGGAAAGGGCAAGGCUACCGACCCCACCCAAGAUGUGAGCAUGGGCGAAGACGAUGAUGAGGAGGAUACCAGUGACGAUGAGGUCGAUGAGGCUGCUCCCGUCGUCGACGAAGCCGAUGAGGACAACAUGGAGGAGAUCGAUACCAGCAACAUCAUCAGCGGUGGCAGACGUACUCGUGGCCGCCAGAUCGACUUCGCCAAGGCAGCCCAGGAGCUUCCAGAGGAUGAGGAGGACGAGGAGGAUGAUGGAGAUUUCGAAGCCCCAGCGGAUGAAGAUAAGAUGGACGAGUAGAUCAUGGGCACUUAAACAAGGGCUCCUAUGAGGAUAUCCACCAUCAAUCUAUGAGAAGCGUCUGGCCAGCGAUCAAUGAGCCU